ACCAUCCCACCCGCUUCCCAACAACACAAUGCGGUGGCUAAACCUCCUCACGGCCUCGCUGCUGCCCUUCACAGCUCUCGCAGCCAAGAAACCGACCGGCGACCGCUUCAAUGACGCCCGCGCCAAAUCGCUAUCCAUCGGCCAUCCACUCAAGCUCGACGAUGCAAGCUAUGCGCAAUUGACAAAGUCUCCGCGUGACUACGGCGUCGCUAUACUGCUGACAGCCUUGGAGCCGCGUUUCGGUUGCAUGCUAUGCCGGGAUUUCCAGCCAGAGUGGGAUUUGCUGGGUAAGAGUUGGAUGAAAGGUGACAAGAACGGUGCGACAAGACUUGUAUUCGGAACCUUGGAUUUCGUAGAUGGCAAGAACGUUUUCCAGUCGAUGAUGCUGCAAACCGCCCCCGUCCUCCUCUACUUCCACCCCACCGUCGGCACCCACGCAAAACCAGAUGCCUCACCCGUCCGCUUCGACUUCACCGCCGGUCCCCAGACCGCAGAACAAAUUCACGCCUGGAUCUCACGACAAGUCCCUGCUGAACUGCCCAAGCCUGCUGUCUCGCGCCCCAUCAACUGGAUCAAGAUCAUCACCGUCACCACCGUUGUGCUUGGUGGCAUCACCGCUGUCUCCGUUGCAUGGCCUUAUUUCGUUCCCCUGCUGCAGAACCGCAAUCUGUGGGCUGCUGUCUCCCUUAUUGCCGUCUUGCUCUUCACGUCUGGCCACAUGUUCAAUCACAUUCGUAAGACGCCGUAUGUUGUUGGUGAUGGCAAAGGUGGUAUGAGCUAUUUCGCUGGUGGCUUCAGCAACCAGUAUGGUCUCGAGAGCCAGAUUGUUGCUGCCAUCUACGGUGUACUUGCUUUCGCGGCCAUCUCCCUUGCCAUCAAGGUUCCUAGGAUUAAGGAUGCGCGUACGCAGUCUUUUGCGGUGUUCUUGUGGACCGGUGUGCUGUUUGGUAUGUACAGUUUCUUGCUGAGUGUCUUCAGGUUGAAGAAUGGUGGGUACCCGUUCUAUCUGCCUCCUUUCUAGAUGAAAGGUGAUGGGUGAAGAAGAAGGAGUUGCAGGGACUUCUCAAUCGGUGAGAGACCAGAGUAUAGAGUUGGAAACUCAUACUACCUGCAAGGGUAUAUCAUUCCAAUGGUGCCAAAAACCUGAGCUCACGGCUUGAGCUCGAUGUAUACUUUGUAUGAUAAAAAGUAAUCUGUGAAAGCUGGCGUUCAUGAAGUAGAUGUCAAUUCAAACGUCAAUAUCAUAUGUCCCACAGCUCU